AUGGUGGAUGUAGACUCGAACUCUCCCACGUGGAAGUUCACCCAGUGUUUUGGUGACAAGGGCGAUGUGGAGGACAUCACAGAAGCGGACAUUAUCUCGACUGUGGAAUUUGACCACACGGGUAAUUACCUCGCCACCGGAGACAAGGGCGGUCGUGUCGUGCUAUUUGAGAGAAAUGAGACGAAAAAAACUUGCGAAUACAAGUUCCACACCGAGUUCCAAUCGCACGAGCCAGAGUUCGACUAUCUAAAGUCACUGGAAAUCGAGGAGAAGAUCAACAAGAUCAAAUGGUGCCGUCGGCAGAAUGCUUCACAUUAUCUGCUGUCCACAAAUGACAAGACGAUCAAGCUGUGGAAGGUAUUCGAAAAGUCGCUCAAGGUUGUGGCGGAGAACAAUUUGUCUCAUGAUCUGACGCCUGGAAACGCGAUGGGAGUCGGGGGAGGUGCACCAAGGGUCAGCCCCAAUGCAUCCCAUUUCAAGUCUCCCAUUGACUUGAAGCUCCCUCGUCUGACACACCACGAUACCGUCGUGGCAGCCGUUCCUCGGCGCACGUAUGCCAAUGCCCACGCCUACCAUAUCAACAGCAUCUCGGUGAACAGCGACGGCGAGACCUUCAUCAGCAGUGAUGAUCUGAGGAUCAACCUGUGGAACUUGAACAUCCAGGAUCAGAGCUUCAACAUUGUGGACAUCAAACCGGCAAAUAUGGAGGAGCUGACCGAGGUCAUCACGGCAGCAGAGUUUCACCCAAUGAGUUGCAACUGGUUCAUGUACGCCAGCUCCAAAGGCACAAUCAAGCUCGCAGACAUGCGCGAAAGCGCCCUUUGCGAUCAACACGCCAAAAUGUUCGAGCAAGAGGAGGAUCCUUCGUCAAGGUCCUUCUUCUCCGAGAUCAUAUCGUCGAUUUCCGACGUCCGCUUUUCUCACGAUGGCCGGUAUAUCCUGUCACGCGACUAUCUGACGGUCAAGAUCUGGGACGUCAAUAUGGAGCGCCAGCCAGUCAAAACCAUUCCCAUCCACGAGCAUCUUAGGCCUAGGCUUUGUGACACAUAUGAGAACGAUAGUAUCUUCGACAAAUUUGAAGUCGUCUUCUCUGGAGAUGCCAAGAACGUGAUGACGGGUAGUUACAACAACAACUUCAUGAUCUACCCGUCGGACCCCGAAAAGGAGACGGAAGUCGUGCUGCAAGCCGACAAGUCCGCAUUCAAGGCAAAGAAGGUAGGCGUGGCAACACCGAUCAACUCGUCAGGCAAUCCUGCAACAAACGGCGGCAAGAAGGGCGGAUCCCGUGCUGGCAGCCCCGCCGGAGCUGGUCAAGGGCAGCGGAUGCGUAAGGAGACGGACGCCGACCAGAUCGAUUUUAACAAGAAGAUACUGCACAUGAGCUGGCACCCUUACGAGGACAGCAUCGCCAUUGCUGCUACAAACAACAUGGUAGCUCUUUGUCUUUUCGGCACUGUAGAGGUCAGCAGGACUAUCAACAUAUUGCCGCUUUCUCCGAUGACUUCUGAAGUGGAAGCCUGCCAGGGGACUGGACUACUGGGGAAAGGGGAAAGUGACUCUGGGUCUGAGGCCUACGAUCAGGAGUCCUGCUGUGGUGUCAAUGGGGGCCUCCUGAAGCGUGCUUGGAAGAACUGA